UGCAGAUGAUGGUGAUGAUGAUGACAAGAACGACGAUGACACCACGUGUGAAGAAGCCCUUUUACGCACUUCUCUGAUCUCUCCCCUGCCAUCUUCCACGGCUCAUCCGCACGUCUAUAUUGCUCGACUCGUCCAUCCUCCUCUUCCCCGCUCUCUCUCUCUCUUUUCUAUUCUCCCUCCUCCCUCCUCCCACCACAUGCCCGCCUCGCCGCCAUCUUUCGGGGCGGGUCCCACGGAUGCGCCGUCACCACGCUGCCCGCUCCCCGCUCCGUCUCCCGCGCAGCGAGCGCCGCGCACUUCUCACGCAGCGCGCACGCACAGCCACACACGCACAGCCACACACGCACGCACACACACACACAGCCAGCCAGCCAGCACCGCGCCGCCCUUUCUUAGCCUCCUGUCUCUUUGCCUGUCACACGAGCGAGGCCGGUCCCGGCGCAACUCCAUCAGCACUUCCCAGCCCAGCCACAUCCCAGACCAGCCCGGUCCGGCACCCUCGUAGCAGCCACCCGAGCCGGUUUGGCGUGGCGUGGCGUGGCAUCAAAACCCAGCCCGUGCCAUCUCCCCCCCCCACCCCGAGUCGCCACCGCCGUCGCCGCGAGCACCGCGCGCUGCGCGCGUUCACACGGAACAGCUCCCGGCAGUCGCUGGUUUUUGUUGUGGUGCCUCCUGCGGUCCCCCCCGGGCUUCGGGAAGAGAACAACAACAACAACAAAACCACCCGGAACGGGCGCACACGCCAACGUUACUACUCCUGCUGCUACUGCUGCUGCUGCAAGUGUGAAAUCGCCACGGGGACAGGGACAGCGCGUCCGCUUCGGCUAACGACUCCGGGACGUAGCAGCAGCAGCAGCAGCUGCGAGCUCAGAGUGUCCACCGACACCUCGGGGAGCAUCACUCGCCAGCGACAUGACGUCCUCCUUCAAGCUGGACUUCUUGUCGGACGGGAUGUCCGGCCACGGCUCGGCUGAGCCCCUCUUCAUGGGCCAGGACGGCGGGGGCAGCAUGAACGGCUCCCUGGAGCACGGCGGUCCGGCGGGGCAGCCCGACCUGGACGCCAUCAAGAUGUUCGUGGGGCAGAUCCCGCGCUCGUGGAGCGAGAAGGAGCUCAGGGAUUUGUUCGAGCAGUUCGGCCCCGUCUACGAGAUCAACAUCGUGCGGGACCGCACGCAGAAGCCUCCGCAGAGCCGCGGCUGCUGCUUCGUGACGUUCUACACGCGCAAGGCGGCUCUGGAAGCACAGAAUGCGCUGCACAACAUCAAGACCCUUCCCGGGAUGCACCACCCCAUUCAGAUGAAGCCGGCCGACAGCGAAAAGUCAAGUGUGGAGGAGCGGAAACUCUUCAUCGGCAUGAUCUCGAAGAAGUGCAGCGAGAACGACAUCCGCGCCAUGUUCUCCCCCUUCGGCCAGAUGGAGGAGUGCCGCGUGCUGCGCGGGCCAGACGGACAGAGCAAAGGCUGCGCGUUCAUCACUUACACGGCGCGUGCGAUGGCACAGAACGCCAUCAAGGGCAUGCACCAGUCGCAGACCAUGGAGGGCUGCGCGGCCCCACUCGUGGUGAAGUUUGCCGAUACGCAGAAGGACAAGGAGCAGAAGAGGCUGCAGCAGCAGCUGGCGCACAUGCAGCAGCUGGGCGCCGCAGCCGGGUGGGGCGGUCUGGCCGGGCUGUCCACCAUCGGGCCGCACUACCUCGCUCUGUAUUUGCAGCUCCUGCAGCAAGCCGUGGCGGCCGGCAGCCCUAGCACCCUGGCCGGCCUGCAGCAGAUCGCCGGAUUGAACGCGGUGCAGCUGCAGGGCCUGGCCACGCUGGCGGCGGCGGCCGCCGUGAGCCAGGGAGCCGGCGGGGUCGGUGGAGGGGCCAACGCCCUCAGCAGCCCCACGGGAGGACUCUCGGCCCUCUCGUCCACGGGCGGCCACGGCGGAGGAGCGGGCGGCGCUGGGGCCAGUACCCUGGCCUCCCUGGGGGCCCUGCACAGCCUCGCUGGGGCCUCGGCCAUCAGCCCGCUCACCGCAGGCAUUGCGGCGCUGAAUGGAAGCCUUGGCGUCGGGGGCCUGGCCAAUGGCUCGGGCAGCGGCGUGGAUGCCCUGGCUCAGGCCUACUCGGGCAUCCAGCAGUACGCAGCCGCCUCGCUCCCCAACCUGUACGCGCAGAGCCUCAUACAGCAGCAGCAACAGCAGCAGCAGCAGCAACAACAACAGCAGCAGCAGCAGCAACAACAGGGUGCGGCCGGCAGCCAGAAAGAAGGACCGGAGGGAGCCAAUCUGUUCAUAUACCACCUGCCGCAAGAGUUCGGGGACCAGGACCUCAUGCAGACCUUCAUGCCGUUUGGGAACGUGAUCUCGGCCAAAGUGUUCGUGGACAAGCAGACAAACCUCAGCAAGUGCUUCGGUUUCGUGAGCUACGAUAACCCCGUGUCGGCUCAGGCUGCCAUCCAGGCCAUGAACGGCUUCCAGAUCGGCAUGAAGCGACUCAAGGUGCAGCUGAAACGCAACAAGAACGACAGCAAGCCCUACUGACGAGGGG